AUGGGCAAAGCAUCACAAUUCCCGACUGACUCAUUCACAGACAAAUACAACGACGACACCGCAAAGUACGACCAAACCGUAUCCCUUGACGGUACCGUUGUCUCUGAAAUCUCCACCGACAGCGGAAAGGCCCAGGGCUUUGGUACGGCUGUCGAGUGCCAGCAGGCUGCCUGCGGCACGGUGCCGGCGCACAAGUACGUCGACACGACGCUCAUCAUGGAUGUGGCCGAUGCAGACUAUGACCAGACUAAGGGUACGACUGGCGCGACUGGCGACAUGGUUACUGCGGAUGGAGGCAAGACUUGGACUAUUGAGACUAUCAGCAUUGAGUCGCACACCUACACUUAG